AUGGGUACCAGAAAACCGUCCUGUUCUUGGGACGACCAGGCGGCGGUCGAUGCUACGCAGUGGGCAGUAGAUGCCAUGACCGUAGCGACUGAGUCGUUUCGACUGCAGUUCCAAGGUCAGUUUGGAGAGGCCAAUGGCCGAUCACGCCGGAACUCAUCGAGCCUGGAUGAUGUUCUCUCCGAGCGCCGGGCCUCACGUCAACGUGGGCAAGUCCAUGUGACUGGACGGGGGCCCGUCUCGGAGAGACCUAAAAACAUUGAUGCAAACUACAAGGGGCCUCUCUCAUCAAACCCGCCUUCUACGUCGUUCACCUCAGAGCCUCACGAUCUACCCAGGCCACCCGACCCGACCGCUACACGACCAGUGCAGCAGCACAUCGGCAUCCACAUCAGCAAAAACAGCGGGAGAAGCAGGGCAUCAUCUCAGCCCUAUCCCGCUUUUCACAGGCCUCUAACACGUCAGUCAUCUCAAAAAGAACCUGAGCGUCACCACCCCUUGCCCUCCCUACCCCUUCAUCCCGAUCUUCGGGGUGAUGAGGAAAACAGGGAUAGCAAGCAGUUCUCCGUGCAACAGUACGAUGCGGUGAACCCCGCAGAUUCUCAGUCGACCAUGGUACUUCUGGAAGAUGCAGAAACCGACACCACCUACCUUUCAUCUUCCUUCUCCUCCAUUGCCAUCGCCAAGCCGAAAGCCUCUCACUUUUCCCCUCGGUGCAAAUCCAGGGCCGCCUCCCGAGCCAUGGUAUCGUCCUCCUCCCCCUAUCAAUCCUCUGCCUCAUCCACUCCAACCCGUCCUCGCUCACCUCCCCCAGCGGCUACCCAGUCCCCUUCCACCCGGCCAGACGUCCUCGUCUUCCCUUUUCACGAGAUCCUCUUCGUCCUCCUCAUCUGCCUAGCCCAGAUUCUCAUGCUUGCUGGUCUCGCCCAGGCCAUGGUCCCCGCCUCGAUCAUCUCGCAGUCCUUUGGUGACUCCACUCCCGGCACCAUGGCGUGGUACUCAGCCGCGUACGGCCUCACAUCAGCAACAUUCGUCCUUCCGUCUGGCCGUGUGGGCGAUCUCUUUGGCCACAAAAAGGUGUUUGUCACUGGCUGGCUUUGGUUCGGCCUGUGGAGCUUGAUUGCUGGGUUUUCUGGACGCGCCGAGCGCAGCGCGGGCGAGGGGACGGUCUUCUUUUGUGUGGCGAGGGGGCUGCAGGGGAUCGGACCGGCGCUGUUGGUGCCGAGCGGGCAGGCGUUGUUGGGCAGGACGUAUCAGCCGGGGAUGAGGAAGAAUAUGGUGCUCUGCCUGUUUGGGGCGUCGGCGCCGCUGGGGUUUGUCAUGGGGGCUAUCUUCUCGAGUUUGUUUGCAGUGCGAGGGAACUGGCCGUGGGCGUUUUGGCUGUUGGCCAUCAUGUGCUUUGUGCUCGCGGUGGUGAGCUUGUUCAUCCUGCCGACUUCACGGGGUCAGUCUUGUCUGAAAAGGGGGGAGGGCUUGUGGUCACAGUUCGAUGGAUGGGGUAUGAUGCUCGGCGUCAGCGGGUUGGUGCUGCUGAACUUUGCAUUCAAUCAAGCUCCCAACGUCUCCUGGAAGACACCUUAUACGUAUUUCCUGUUGAUCAUUGGGUUGAUCUUGAUUGCUGCUUUCGUGUCUCAUGAAUGGAAGGCGCCUUACCCUCUUAUUCCUAUCGCGGCCAUGAAGCCGGCGACGAACUUUGUGUUGGGCUGUACGGGGGCUGGCUGGGGGUGUUUCAGCAUUUGGAUUUAUUACACCUUCAAUGUUGUACAAAAUCUGAAAGGAUGGUCGCCGUUGCUCGCUUCUGUGAGCUUCAUUCCAGCUCCGAUAUGUGGCCUUGCUGCCAGUAUUCUGGUCGGAUUCUUGAUGUCGCAAGUCAAGCCUCACUGGAUCAUGUUGAUAUCCAUGUGUGCAUUCUUCAUCGGAAGUCUCCUUCUCGCCACUGCACCUGUCCAUCAGAGCUACUGGUUCAGUACUUUUUUCGGGAUACUUAUCAUGCCGUUUGGGAUGGACAUGAGUAAUCCGGCGGCCACAAUUCUACUCAGCAAUAGCGUUUCCAAAGAACACCAAGGCAUCGCCGCAAGCUUGGUAGUAACGACGGUUAACUAUUCGAUUUCCCUUGCUCUUGGAAUUGCGGGUACUAUAGAAGUGCAUGUCAAUGAGACAGGCUAUGAGCUCCUAAAGGGCUACAGAGCUGCUCAGUAUUUCGGAACAGGCCUCGGCUUCUUGGGUGUGCUUCUGGCCUUGGGAUUCUUGCUCCAGAGUUACCACCAGAAGCCACCUGUGGCAUCAUAUCCGCUCCAGACGAGGUGA